AUGGCGAGCUCCGGCUGCCGGUGGCUACCGUGGCCGGCCCUGUGGCUACCGUGGCCGGCCCUGUGGCUACCGUGGCUGGCCCUGUGGCUACCGACGGCCGCCGCUUUUAACCUGGACGGGAGCAGCCCGGUGCUGAAGGACGGCGAGCGCGGGAGCCUCUUCGGAGCGGCCGUGGCGCUGCACCGGCAGCUGAGCCCCGAGCCCGCGGGGUGGCUGCUCGUGGGAGCCCCCCAAGCGCUGGCCCUGCCCGGCCAAGGUGCCAACCGCACCGGGGCUCUGUUCGCCUGCCCGCUGAGCCCCGAGCUCUCCGACUGCUGGCGGGUGCCCAUCGAUGAGGGAGUGGACCCGCAGCGGGAGAGCAAAGAGAACCAGUGGCUCGGGGUCAGCGUCAAGAGCCAAGGGCCCGGCGGAAAGAUCGUGACCUGCGCCCACCGGUACGAGGUGCGGCACCGGGUGCGGCAGCCGCUGGAGACGCGGGACGUGAUCGGGCGCUGCUUCGUGCUGAGCCAGGACCUGCGAGUGCGGGACGAGCUGGACGGCGGCGAGUGGAAAUUCUGCGAGGGGCGACCACAGGGCCACGAGAGAUUCGGGACCUGCCAGCAGGGACUGGCGGCCGCUUUCAGCCCCGACCGCCGCUACGUGCUGCUGGGGGCACCCGGAACCUACAACUGGAAGGGGACCCUGCGCGUGGAGCAGCUCAACCAGAGCUCGCUGGAUCUGCUGCGCCUCGACGCCGGCCCCUUCGAGGCGGGGGGCGAGAAGGACCAGGACCCCUCACUCAUCCCCGUGCCCGCCAACAGCUACUUCGGGCUGCUCUUUGUGACAAACAUUGAGAGCGCCGCCCCCGACCAGAGGGUCUUCCGGACCCCCGAGCCCGUGCAUUUCCUGCGCCAGGGCUGCGGCGAUGACAAAAUCUGCCAGAGCCACCUGGAGCUGCGGCCGCGCUUCUGCGCCCGCCUGGGCGACAGCGACUUCCUGCCCCUGCCCAGGGACGAGGAUGGCACUGCCAUCUUUGCCAUCAGUGACCAGAAGGACGUGGCCCUGGAGGUGCAGGUGACCAACGAGCCCUCGGACCCCUCGGAGCCGCAGAGGGACGGGGACGAUGCCCACCAGGCCCUGCUGGUGGCCACCUUCCCCCCGGAGCUGCCCUACGNGCCCUGGGGUGCCCCCCCAGUGACCCCCCCGUGCCCCCCAGAGCUGCAGUUCGUGCUGGAGGGGGACUCGGAGCGGCCCAGGCGGGGGCAGCCCCCCCGGGGCUCCUUCCUGGGCCGGGGUCCCUCCGAGCCCGAGCACCGAACCUCGGGGAGCCUCGAGCUGCGGGGACAGCGCGAGCGGCGCUGCGUGAGCGACACCUUCCGGCUGCGCGUGCGUGCUUCGGCCUCACCCUCCUCACCCUCCUCAUCAUCACCAUCCUCACCCUCCUCAUCAUCACCUUCCGGCUGCGCCGUGGCUCUCCCACCCCGGCUGUUUUUUGGGGGGCAGGUGAGGGGGGAGAGCGCCGUGAAGAGGGAGAGCCAGGUGGGCAGCGCCGUCCGCUUCGAGGUCACGGUGUCUCAGCGGGGCCCGGUGCUCAAGACCCCCGGCUCGGCCGCUCUCACCGUGCAGUGGCCGCUGGAGUUGCCCAACGGGAAGUGGCUCCUGUACCCCCUGAGCCUGGAGCUGGGCACCCCCCCCGUGCCCUGCAGCCCCCCGGCCAACCCCCUGCGCCUCGCCCUGGUGAGGGGGGAGAGCGCCGUGAAGAGGGAGAGCCAGGUGGGCAGCGCCGUCCGCUUCGAGGUCACGGUGUCUCAGCGGGGCCCGGUGCUCAAGACCCCCGGCUCGGCCGCUCUCACCGUGCAGUGGCCGCUGGAGUUGCCCAACGGGAAGUGGCUCCUGUACCCCCUGAGCCUGGAGCUGGGCACCCCCCCCGUGCCCUGCAGCCCCCCGGCCAACCCCCUGCGCCUCGCCCUGCCGGCCGUGCCGCGGUUCCGGGCCGUGCGGAUCCCGCGGGAGCAGCGGCCGCAGGCGCGGGAGGGCCGCACCGGGACCAUCCAGCGGAGAGAGUGGGCGGCCAGCCCCGGACACGGCCCCGGACACGGACACGGCACCGGACACGGACACGGCACCGGACACGGACACCAGGACAGCGACGGGGACCGGCCCCGCAGCCCGGCCUGA